AUGGCCGCAGUCAGACCGCGCACGCCUGGCAAGAGUCAGCCUCCGCCACUGCCUGAAGCGCUCCCCGCCAUCACCGAGAACGGCUCUCGUCCUCCUGCCAACAACAACUUGGAUGCUGCGUCGCGCAGGUCGUCCCUGGGCUUUUUGCGCCGCUCCAAGUCCACCGAACCGCUUGCCGAGCGCAAAAGCUCUGGCAGCAAGAUCAACAAAAGGAUGAAGGAACAGCUGAGAGAGGAGGAGCUCCGUCGCCAGCGCGAGUCCAUCCCGCAACAUGCCCCUCGUCUCCCGGACCUGGCUCCCGCGCCUAGAAUGCAGACCUUUGGAGGCGAAGAGCGACCCGCGAGUCUUGCUGUGCCCACUCCUGCAGGAGCUGACAGCCGAGCGAGCUCUUCGCAUUACAGUAUGCCGGCCACUGGCUUCACGCCGUCUGUCGACCCUUACGCGAGAACCGAAAGCAUGACACAUCGUGGCCGGUACAGCUAUGCCAGCAGUGCAGUCAGUACUAUCAACAGCCCUCGCAGGUUGCGUCGACGCAAAGAUCCUACUCCGUACAACCUCCUUGUUGUUGGAGCCAAGAACAGUGGAAAGACCUCUUUCCUCAACUUCUUGCGCAAGUCUCUCGAACUUCCCCCUAACAAACACCCCAUCCGCUCCGCUGAAGAGGUCUUGGAAGAGUCCAAUUCGUCAUCCAACUCCAACUUUACCAAUUAUUAUUUGGAGACGGAAAUCGAGGGCGAGCGAGUCGGCCUUACCCUCUGGGACUCCGAGGGCCUGGAAAAGAAUGUGGCCGAUCUGCAACUGCGAGAAAUUACUGCUUUCUUGGAAAGCAAAUUUGAGGACACCCUGACGGAGGAAAUGAAGGUUAUUCGCUCUCCUGGUGCUCGUGAUACCCAUAUUCACUGUGUUUUCCUUAUCCUCGACCCUGUUCGCCUGGAUGCGAACCUUGCAGCUGCUAAGAAGGCUGCUGAGAAGGCCAAUGGUGAUUUUUCGGCUUCGCGUGUGAUUGGUAUUCUCGAUGAAGACCUGGACCUCCAGGUUCUUCGUGUCAUGCAAAGGAAGACGGCUGUGGUCCCCGUUAUUAGCAAAGCUGACACCAUUACCACCGCCCACAUGGACUACUUGAAGAAAGCCGUAUGGGCUAGCUUGAAACAGGCCAAAAUUGACCCGUUGGAGGUUCUUAUUCUCGAAGACCAGGAAGAUGAAGAGCCCGAGACAUUCUUUGACGAGCAGGAAGAGUAUGACUCAGACACCACGCCAGGUGCUGAAGACGAGAUUGAGGAAAAGUCUGAAGCUGGUGCUCAUGGAGACACUGAUCCAGCCAUCGAGACAACACCGGCCGAGAAACGUACAAAGUCUUCAUCUCGUGGGCAUCGUCGAUCAGAGAACUCAAUUUCCAUCACAUCCACUACUGACGUUCCCUUCAUUCCUCUCUCGAUCCUAUCGCCUGAUCCCCACUCCCUUGAGUCGCCAGACCUGCCUGUCGGACGCCAUUUCCCAUGGGGCUUUGCUGAUCCCUACAAUGCUGAGCAUUGCGACUUUGUCAAGUUGAAAGAUUCCGUUUUCAAGGAAUGGCGAGGUGAACUUCGCGAAGCAAGCCGAGAAAUCUGUUACGAACGUUGGCGGACUAGUCGUCUAAACAUCAACAGUGCUCCUCGAAAACCUUCCAUUAUGGGACGCUAUGGGCCGCCACCGGUUCAAGGUGGCCGCAUCGCACGAUAA